ACUGGAAGAAGCCGAAACGCACUUUGCUUUCAAGCCUCCACCGGUAAGGGAGCAAGUUCUCGUCGUUUGACCGAGAACGAAACACACAGUUUACAAACAAUUUCCAGUGGCCAAAAGGCAGUGUAAAAGUGUACAAAACUUUUUGUGACUACAUCCAACAGCACGCAAAGCUUUUUGACCAUGCCAGACUGGAGAGAACGUGAAGAUUCCGAGCGCGGAUACGGUGGCGGAAGUUCCGGUUAUGACCGGGAGCGCCGGGAUUACCGUAGCGGUGGAGGCAGCUACGGAAGCGGCGGUGGCGGAGGAGGAGGCGGUGGUUACCGCUCGGGAGGUGGAAGCAGCGGUGGAUACGGUGGGGGCAGCCGUGACGGUGGUGGUUACCGUUCCGGUGGUGGAUUCCGCAACGGAAGCAGCGGUGGCGGAGGCGGACCCCCACGUGGACCUCCAAGAAUCGACCCGGCCACGGCCAAGACGGAAACGUUCGAGGUCGACGCCGAGAAGGUGAAGUUCAUCAUCGGACGCGGCGGUAACAAGAUCCGCGAGAUUCAGGACCGCUGCCGGGUGUCGGUGCAGAUCGACAAACAGCGCAAUGAGAACGGCCAGAACAACGUGUCGGUGAUGGGAGACCAGUCAAACAUCGACCGGGCGCGAGACAUGAUCGACAGGAUCAUCAAUGACGAUCGCGACCGGGAGGAACAUCACCGCGACUAGAUGGGAAGCUCCCAUGUAUAAUCCGUUCGACCACCACCUCCCCUCCCCCCUCACCCCACUUGGGGGGACGGACACGGUGGUUCAACGUUGCGUGUGCGAGUUGUGGUCCGUCGCCUAAACUCAAAGGCUUAGGUUAAGAACAGUUUUAAAAAAUACAGCAAACAACAAAUAGGUUCGAUUAACGGAAAAGAAAAACAAAACCAGCUAAAUAAGGAGAAGUAAAAGAUUUGCAUUUAUUAUUUCCCAUUAUCCUGAUAUAAUGUUUAAAAACCAGACACAGAAUUCGUACGGUGUAGAGUACCUGUCGCGUCACGUAGACUGGAGACAGCUUCCAUUUAAAAACUUACUUAUCGAAGGAAACAUUCAUAACGAGGAGAGGGCUCGAGACGAGGAAAGGAAUAGGAAGGAAUUGUGCAAAUCACUAUGUGAUUAGAGGUUCUUCUCGAUAUAAAUUGCCUGAAAUAUUAUUUGUAUUUUUCACCAUGCCACUUGACGAUGAUUAUUAAAAAAUGAAUAGACGACAAAGGAUAAUGUCAUUGAUAAGUCGACACAGUACUUGAAGCGAUAUCUAAAAGUGUAGGGUGACAAAAUGUGAAUACGAUUUUUAGAAAUUUAUAUUUCUAAGACUACCGCUAGUAAGCAGAGGGAUUGGAUUCCGUUUGAUCGGAAAUAUGUGGCUCAUGAUAGACAAAAAAAGCGGUAUGAAACGAGAAACAUACUUGAGCCAAUACUACUACAGUAAACUAAAGCAGCGCGUUCAAUGAAGGUGUGACCCAGAAACAGUGAAAGAAAUACGGUCGAACAUUCUCACACACCCACAGACAGAGAAACACAGCAGAAGAAAUUGAUGUAGAAUACAAAUGUUCAUUUUUUACUUUUAAGAAGUUGCAAACCAUUAAAGCUGAAACUGGUCGGAAAAUCUACGCGAGUAA